CCGCGUGGCUAUUUUGGUUAGCUGAUCAGAGUGUGUUGCCUUCUUGUGCCAGCCCUACCCCUUUCCAACCCUUUGAAACUCAAAAUUACGUUCUCAUUUUGGAAGUAAACAAAAUGGCAACAUCUGAUGAACAGCCGUCAGCCGACCCCGGCAUCCCGUGCCCUGAUGGGGCUUUCCUCCACGAUAUCAUCAUCGUCGGCGCCGGGCCCUGCGGCCUUGCCGUUGCAGCUCGCCUGCGUGAGCAAAACCCGGCUGCCCUGUUCACCGACGAGGAGCACCGGCGCUUCCACUGGAUGAAGCGGCACGGGAAGAAGAUGGCGCUCCAGCGGGACAGAAAAGAGCGUGUGUCAAGCGCGGCGGGUGCGAGUAAUGCUCGCUCCGAAUACAACAUGGUCGUGCUGGAUGCCGAACACGACACCUGGAUGGGGAGGUGGAACCAUCUCUUCAAGACGUUUGACAUCAAGCACCUGCGAAGCCCUAUGUUUUGGCACGUUGACCCCAACGACCGCGACAGCCUCCUGUCGAAGGCCUACGGACAGGGGCGAGAAAAGGAACUGCUUGAGAUCAAGAAUUGCGUGGGCAAGGAGGUCAGCAAGCACAAAAAGAAGAAGAUGCGAACCAAAUACGUGGGCAGCAAAGGAGAAUCCCGGAUCCCUAUCAACGAGCGCGACCGAAACGACUAUUUCAACCCGACCCAGUCCCUGUUCCGUGACCACUGCGACGACGUCGUCGGCCGCUACGGCCUCCACGCGUCGGCCCUCGUCCGCAAGGAACGAGUCCUCGACAUCACCUACGCGCCCGUCCCCGGGAUAUCGACGGCGGGCGAGAAGAUCUUCACCGUCCGAACCAACCACGGCGUCCGCUACUCGCCCAUCGUGGUGGUCGCCGUCGGCCCCGGCAACAAGCCGUGCAUCCCCGAGAUCCCGGGCCUCAACCCCAGCCCGGUCGACGGACCCCCUCCCCAAGUCAGCCACGCCAUGCAGCUGCAGACCUUCCCUUCUGCCCCCGUCCGGAAAAAGAUCGCCGCCGGCCGCCGCACCAACAUACUCAUUGUCGGCGGCGGGCUGACAUCGGCGCAGCUAGCUGACCUAGCGGUGCGCCACGGCGUGACCACCGUCUGGCACACCACCCGCGCCCCCCUCCGCUCCAAGCUCUUCGACGUCGACCUCAGCUGGAUGGGCAAGUUCCGCAACACGGAGCAAGCACGGUUCUGGCAGGCCGAGGGCGGCGACGCCGAGCGGUUAGCCCUGCUGCGUUCCGCGCGCGGCGGCGGCAGCGUCACGCCCGCGUAUGGCCGGUUGCUGAGGGCGCAUGCGGCGAGUGGGCGGGUGCGGUUGCUGGAGGGGGUGAAGAUUGUGGGGGGACGGUUUGAGGUGCGCGGUGGUGGUAAGGGUCAGGGGGUGGUGGUUGGGGGGGUUGGGGAGGGGGAUGAGAAUGGGGAGGCGAAGGGAGAGGUGAAGGGAGAAAUGAAGGGGGAGGGGACUGGGGUGUGGUAUGUCGAGACGGAUAGUGCGGCCGUGGAAGGGGAGGGCGGGCUGCCGCCGAUGGACCACAUCUAUUUCGCGACCGGGGUGGAGUCGGAUUUUGCGAAGCUGCCAUUCCUGCAGACCAUGCUGGAGAGCCACCCGAUCGAGGGCCACGGGGGCUUCCCCUGUCUGAACGACGAUCUGAUGUGGGAGGAUGGCGUGCCGUUGUUUGUGGCCGGGCGGCUGGCGGCGCUGAAGCUGGGGCCGUCGGCUCCCAAUCUCGGGGGCGCGAGGCUGGCUGCGGAAAGGAUCGCGUGGGGGAUUGAGGAGGUUGUACGUAAGGGGUACGGUCUUUUGUAUGGCGGCCAGGGUGGCAUGUACAGCCCCGAAGAGGAUGAAGAGCUCGCGGGCUACGCGACUGGGACGGGGAACAUGUUUCGAAGCCUUGUGGAGGCCUCGGCAUGAUCGAUGCUGGGAGAGCGGAAUGGCAGGCUGAAGAACACUCGACGAGUUAUUUGCUCUCUUGUAAUACUUUCUUAUUGUGAUAGCCCUUCCACGCGGACAAUGUUGAGCACAACGUAAUACCUGCUCCCCGCAGUUCUACGUGAGCUCGGUAGUUUCGGCACCGCGCCUCAUUGACGUCGCUUUUGUCGUUCAUCACCAAUACAAACAAACCGAGCCAUGGAUCAGGUCACGGGUCAUUUGCAUUGAGGGGC